AUUUGGUUGAUUAUUGAAUAAGCCGAACGUGCGGUUCCGCAUCAGUCGAUGUUUGCGGCCCUCGCAAUCACAGUCACACUUGUUAUUUCAUCGACAACUCACCCUCUGCAUGCAACGAUGACGAAGAAACAGCAUGAAUUGAGGAAUCACAAGAAUUUGCGACUUGUCAUACCGGGCAGCGGCGAUAGCAACGUGGUGCUGCAACAUCCGGUUAAAAACAUCGAUUAUCGAAAGGAGGGGCACGAGGCCAAUGGAGAAAAAAAUCAGAUCUCAGCUGAGCUAGAGGAGAAGGGGGAGAAAAAGGCGACCAUUCAGCCAAUCACAUUCUUCAAACUGUUUCAGUUUACGACCGGCUUCGAGAAAAUGCUCAUGUGCCUUGGCGUGGUAUGCGGCAUAAUCUCGGGCCUUGCGAUUCCGGCCAACAUUUACAUCUUUGGAAAGCUGGUCGGCUCGAUGGUCAAGGCCGAAAUGGGCAGUGGCAUCAAUCCGGAAAACGUCAGCAUUGCCGGCGAUAUGAACAUCACGAACGGAUUCGUGAUGGAGGCGGUGACGGAGUUCGCGAUCGGGAACAGCGCGAUCGGCGUGAUUCUCCUCGUGUUCACCUACUUCGGCGUCAUGCUCUUCAAUUAUGUCGCCCACAAGCAGAGCUUUCGCGUGAGAACAAUGUACCUCCGUUCGGUGCUUCACCAGGACAUCGCCUGGUACGAUCUGUCCAAGAGCGGAGAGGUCGCCAGCAGAUUGACAGAAGACGUGAUCAAGUACGAGGACGGCGUGGGCGAAAAGGUGCCGAUGUUUCUGCACAACGUGUUCGCGUUCAUCGGUAGCCUGGGCCUGGCUUUCUUCACAGGCUGGCAGCUGACGCUGGUCUGCAUGGCCAGUGUCCCAGUGAUGACCCUCGUGUUGGCCUGCAUCGUGCGCGUCAGCUCGACUCUGACUCGCCGCGAGGUCGAGGUCUACGCGGUCGCCGGCUCCAUAGCCGAGGAAGUUCUCGCCGGCGUGAGGACCGUCGUCGCCUUCGCCGGCCAGGCCAAGGAGCUCACUCGCUACACCGCCAACCUCGACAUGACCUACAGGAACAACAUCAAGAAGGGCUUGCUGUCGGGCGUCGGCCAGGGUGUGCUCUGGCUGAGCAUGUACGCGAGUUACGCGCUCUCCUUCUGGUACGGAGUCACGCUGAUUAUCGACGAGAGGGCCAAGCCGUUGGAGGAGCAGACCUACAACGCCACUACCAUGAUAACGGUCUUCUUCAGCAUAAUGAUGGGCUCCAUCAAUCUAGGAGCCGCCACACCGUUCGUCGAGGCCUUCGGAAUCUCGAAAGCGGCAGCGAGCAAAGUUUUCUCCGUCAUUCGCAGAAAGCCGGCUAUUAACAGUCAGACAGACGAGGGUCGCAGGCCCGGCGACAUUCAGGGCUCGAUUCAAUUCAAGGACAUCUGCUUCGAAUAUCCUUCCCGGACGGACGUUAAGGUUUUAAAGGGCUUGAAUUUUUCUGUGAAUCAAGGGGAAACGGUCGCUCUAGUCGGCAGCUCCGGCUGCGGCAAGUCCACUUGCAUUCAGUUGCUCCAGAGAUUCUACGACCCAAGUCGCGGACAGAUUUCCAUAGAUGGCCACGACUUGAGAGAGUUCAAUGUCAAGUGGCUGAGAAAUUGCUUCGGCAUUGUCGGUCAGGAGCCAGUGCUAUUCGAUACCACGAUUGCCGAAAAUAUCAGAUUCGGCGAUCUCGAUGCUCCUAUGGAGAAGAUAGUGCAAGCAGCGAAGGAAGCGAACGCGCAUAAUUUCAUCAUGAAAUUACCGAACAAAUACGACACGCUGGUCGGCGAAAGGGGAGCACAGAUAUCAGGAGGGCAGAAGCAGAGAAUUGCUAUCGCAAGAGCUUUGAUAAAAAAUCCACGGAUCUUACUUCUGGAUGAGGCAACUUCGGCCCUCGAUACGCGAAGUGAAUCCAAAGUUCAGGCCGCUCUUGAUAAAGCUCACAAGGGAAGAACAACAAUUAUCGUAGCUCACAGGCUUACGACUAUCAGAGGAGCUGACAAAAUUAUCGUGAUAUCCGACGGAGGUGUAGUUGAAGAAGGAAAGCACGACGAGCUAAUGGAACGUCAAGGGCAUUACUAUUCACUAGUAACCGCGCAGGUUUCAGAUUUCACGAAAACCAUCAGUAAUAAUAAUAAUAAUAAUAAUUGUCCGGCGAACAAAGACGAUGAGUCGGAUGAAGAUAAAAUAGAGACGAUGCCGAGGAGAUAUGUGACUGUCGAUGAGGCCGUGCCAGUUAAACAGGAGCCAAAUGUAUCAACGUUACGAAUUUUGCAAUUAAAUAGGAGUGAAUGGCCGUAUAAUACCAUUGCAUGCUUGACAUCCAUUGCUACUGGAUUCUCGAUGCCUUUGUUUUCUGUUCUAUUCGGAGAUAUAAUCGGUGUACUGUCAAUACAAAAUCCAGAUGACGUUCGCAGUGAGACCAAUAUUUACUGUGUGUAUUUUGUCGUCGCCGGCAUCGUUAUAGGCCUUUCAAAUUUUGCUCAGGUCUAUCUGUUUCGCAUCGCCGGCGAAAAGUUGACGAUGCGUCUGCGAAGUCUGCUGUUCGAAGCGAUGCUGCGGCAGGAGGUGGGCUGGUACGACGAGCCGUCGAACGGUACCGGUGCUUUGUGCUCCAAGUUGUCGACGGAGGCCGCGGCAGUCCAAGGAGCGAUAGGACAGCGUAUAGGAACGAUCAUCCAGUCUUGCAGUACUAUAUGCCUGUCCAUAGCUCUGGCCAUGUACUACGAGUGGCGCUUAGGACUCGUGGGCAUGGCCUUCAUACCACUGAUUAUGAUCGUUACUUACGUUCAAGGAUUGCUGUUUAGAAAGGAAACCUUGAAUUAUCAUACUUCUCUCGAGUCGUCGACAAAGAUCGCGGUUGAAGCAGUGGGUAACGUGCGCACAGUGAUAGGUCUUAGUCGCGAGGACACAUUUUGCCAGUCUUAUAUGAACUCCAUAAGACCGUCUCUGAGAAUCGCCGUGAGAAACACGCACUAUCGUGGCUUGGUCUUCGGUAUGGCAAGAUCCAUCAGCUUUUUCGCCUAUGCUACCUGCAUGUAUUAUGGUGGACAUCUAAUCGAAACUGAGGGACUAUUCUACGCCAAAGUAUUCAAAGUAUCUCAAGCCUUAAUUAUGGGCACGGUAAUGGUGGCGAACGCAUCUGCAUUCGCGCCUAAUCUGCAGAAAGGAUUGAUAGCGGCUGAGCAGAUCAUUAACCUGAUAGAGCGCAGACCUAGAAUCCAGGACCCUAAAAAUCCAGCUCCUGCUACUUGGGUGUCCGAUGCAAAUGUAGACUACAAGAAGGUGACAUUCGUAUAUUCAACGAGGCCGAGUACGAAAGUUCUAAAUGAAUUCGAUCUGAAGGUUCCAAGUGGACAGACCAUAGCUCUUAUCGGGUCCAGCGGUUGCGGCAAAAGCACAGCAGUGCAGUUGCUUGAGCGAUUCUACGACCCUGACUCUGGUUCCAUAGAGCUGAGCAAGAAUGACAUCCGGGCUGUAAGGCAAUCGGCUCUACGGAAGCAACUCGGUUUAGUUUCCCAGGAACCGACUCUUUUCGCGCGAAGCAUAGCAGAGAACAUCGCGUACGGGGACAACGAUCGCGACGUGCCGAUGCAAGAGGUAAUCGCUGCCGCCAAAAAGGCCAACAUACACAACUUCGUUUCGUCGCUACCGCGCGGUUACGAGACAGUGCUCGGUGAUCGUGGAACGCAACUUUCCGGCGGUCAAAAGCAACGCGUCGCCAUCGCCAGAGCUUUGCUCCGAAAUCCAAAGAUUCUGCUGCUCGACGAGGCGACCUCAGCUUUGGACUCCGAGAGCGAGAAGAUAGUUCAAGCCGCCCUCGACGAAGCAAAGGCCGGCAGGACAUGUAUUCUUAUAGCCCACCGAUUGUCAACCGUUGAGGAUGCUGACAAAAUUUGCGUGGUACAUCGGGGAUCCAUCGCUGAAAGCGGCACUCACGAGGAGCUUAUCGAACAAAGGGGCAUGUACUAUGGACUAUUGUGUUUGCAGAACUAAAUUGUACACCGCGCAGCAGAUCUUUAUACUGAAGUACCAACUCAAGUUUCAAUUGACGAUUUUCCUCGAGUAUAACUGCGUGUGAAGCCGUUACAAUAAAGUGAUUUAAUUGCGGUUGACAAACUAACAUGUAUACGGGUCUGAAUCUAGUUAUAACAUUGAACUUUGAACCUCAAAAAAUGACUGAGCGCUGGAUUUAGCUCUAGUAUUAUAAAUAUAAUAAUUUACACGUACAGUGCUCGUCAGACUUAUACAGGCAUGCAUCGUCGGUAUAUUAAUCAAAAAAACACACACACACACACACACACACACACACGCGCGCGCGCACACGCGCACGCAAAUAAACACGCACACACUCGGCGAUUAUGAUCGUACUAUUCUUUAAUGUGCAACUCAUGGAAUUUUGUCAAAUUCCUUUACAAGUAGCUGAUGUGAGAUGUCAACGAAAUAUAUAAAUUUAAAAUGUA